AUGCUAUGGUGUACACAUAAAGUCUGUGAUCUCAACGAAGCAAACAAAGUCAAGAUAAAGGAUAUUUCUGGUAUCUACAUCCAUAAAGUUCAAUAUCCUACACGAGGAAAGUCUAGGUCACAAUAUGACAAUUCAACAACGGACGGUUUUCUUGAAAACCAAACUGAACGCCCAUAUAUCAUACAUAAAAAGCUAAAGUACAUCUGGAACUUUGAGUCUGAAAAUUUCGAGCUACUACAAAACUGGGAUGAGCGUCCUUACGAUGAAGUAUUAAAUGCACCCACCUUAACUACGGAUCUAAUUGAAACUCGUCGAAACUUGUAUGGAAUUAAUAAGAUAGAUGUCAGUCUUACACCCAUAAUGAGGCUUGUUUUGAAUGGAUGUCUCACUCCGUUUCACUGCUUUCAAGUGUUUAGCUGUGUAAUAUGGUUUUGUGUCCAGUACGAAAUAUAUGCAACGUGUAUUGCUGUGUUCUCUGUAACAUCACUUAUUUUUCAGGUUUACGAGCUUCGUAAGAAUGAACGAGCUUUAAAGAAAACUGUAUGCAUUUCGUCUAAAGUUACUGUAUGCAGACGUCGUGAUGGGGAAGAUGAUUUAAAUACAUCUUUAAUGUACUUGUAA